CUUUGCAGAUUAGAUUGAGAAACAGGAAAAGUUUAGCAAGCUUAACGCCGGCUCUAUAUCGGAAUCCUCUUAGAAUUAAUACUUCAGUAAACAAAGGACAUUAUAUGACUUACUUACAGUUAUUUCAAUAGCUGCCAUUGUGAACUUCAUAAAAAAAGAUUUGUUCAUAAAUAUUGCAUAGCGCACGAAGUGCUUUUACUUAUGUAGUCAACUUUCGCGCGGUUUUCAUUAAAUAUAUUAUUCAGUAGAAAGUAACAAAAGCAGUUGUUGUGUCAGCACAAUUUAUUGUGAACGAAAAUUAUUUUCCUGUUUGCUAUGUAUACAUAAUUUACGUUAACAUGAUUUAAACGCAAGAUUGUUCUUCGAAAGACUAUUUCGUUUGGGAAGGCAAAACAGAUCAAAGUUGUUUGGUGUUAGGAUCGCGUGAGAAGCUGACAAGUUUACUUGCGAUUUCAAAUUUCGUUUAACAAUGUUGUUGUCUUUGGAUCGUAUUUAACAUCGUUGAAUUGGUGUGUGCAUAAAUUUUUAACUUAAUCCGACAUGUGAAAUUGCUGUUUUGGUGGUGUUAAAGUUACGUUUGAAGUUUGUUUGCUGUAUGAUGAUGAAAAUUGACUUAUGUACACAUCACAAAAAAAAAAUUGCCACAUUAUAAUUAGUUUCAGAUUGUAAAUAAUUUGAAAAGUGUUGAUUGCGUUGUUCAAAUAAACAAGAUUUUAGAGACAAAAAAUUCAGUACGUUGCACAGAGCGAAGAAUCUUAGAAGGACUUUUAAAAGUUUAAAGAGGUGUGCUGAAAAUUUAACGAAAGAAAACAGAAACGCUAAGAUGAAAAACAACAAAGCUUUUGGUAUAUUUAACAGACUUUCACCAUCAAGACUGAGUACAGGAAGAGAAAAAGCCGCGUCUAUUAAACGUAGAACUGUUAAAGUGUUGUUAAUGGGUAACGCUGGAGUUGGAAAGACUUCUAUAAUUCAUAAUUUGUGCAAUGAAGAGUUUAAAUCUAUGUACAGGCCCACGGUUUUUGAUAUUUAUGAAAAAGAGGCCUUGAUUGAUGACUUCUAUGUGAAGUUUGAGUUAUUAGAUAUAUCUGGUUCAUAUUCUUUCCCAGCCAUGAAAAAACUAUAUAUUCAACAAGCUGAUAUAUUUUUAUUGGUGUUCUCUGAACAAGAUAAAAACAGCUUCGAUGAAAUUGACAAACUUCGCAAAGAAAUCGAACAAAUAAAAUCUCGACACACGACAGAGUUGUCAAUUACUGUUAUAAAAAACAAAAUGGAUUUAUGCAAAUCUACAUCUAAAAAAAGAAGGAGAACUGAUUCAGUUUUAAAUUGGUGUUACUCGUACUUGGAGACAUCUGCAAGGACAGGUUUUAACAUGCACGCAGUUGAUGAAUAUUUACUCUCUGAGAGUGUUUAUAUACAUAGAGCUAUAGAAGAGAAAACAAAGCAGAACGAUCUCGUGAGUGGAAGAUAUGUGUAUUAUGAUAAUAACUUAAAAAGACGUGUUGGACGCCAUCUUGAAAAACACGUUAAAAAAUUACCAAUAAUGAGAAAACUAUCGUUUAUAAAGCAAGAUUGAUAUUGAUAAAUUAAAUCUGUAUCUUCAUAUAUUAUUUUAAAAGCGUACAUACUGGAGCUUAGAGAAAUGAAUUUGAUAAAUACUAUUAUUUUGAUAUGCACCCUUUUUUCAGAAAUUCGUUAAAAUUGACCCUUUUUUGAUUCGAUUUAUUAUUCUAUAGGUAAUUAUUACAUGCAUCAAGACCUUGAAUGUUUUGAUGUAAACUGCAUGACAUCCAAAAAAUUUAAAUUUAGCUAGUAUCUAUUUUAUAAUGCUCAUAUAGAGUAGCGAGACACGAUAAAUGCGGUAAAUAAAGGACUGGCGAAACCGUGGAUCUAUCUAUCGGCCACCAACUAGUUCAAAGAAAAGUAAGAGAAAAUGUUUUAUUAUAGUUUGCAUAAAGCUUCUCUUUUGGUGCGAGACUCAACUUUCAAACAAGCCAAGUCAAGCUGAGACGUAGGAGACUCACACGCUAAUCUUAAGUGAGAGGUUACGUAAUCCUUCCUCCAAACGCAAUCACAACAUGGUCAGAACUACUUUCAAAUAACUG